CUUAAAUUUUUUCUAUUCUAUACAUAACAUACGAUAAUGGACUAUAGCGAAAAAAAGUCCUCAUACCAACCAUCUGAUAAGAAUGUUAGUAUAGAACAAGAGUUCGAAUACGCCAAUGAAGGCAUUAUUGAUAUCAAUCGUGAGCAUGCUGGUUCAACAAAGAUGGCAUACUUCAAUAUUGUAUGCGUUGUUGCUGGUACAGGUGCUCUUGGUCUCCCUGCUGCUUUAAAGCAAGGUGGCUGGAUUGGUCUUUUCAUUCUCGGCUUGUCCUGGCUCAUGUCAGUUUAUACAGGCAUCAUUCUCAUCCGUUGUCUUUACGCCAACGGUAAAGCUCGUUUGAGCACUUACAAGGAAGUCGCUACUUCAGCCUUUGGUCAAGUCGGAGGUUGGGUCACUUUUUUCUUCAACGUCAUUAUUCUCGUGGGCGGACCCAUCCUGUAUAUGGUACUUGCUGGUACUAACCUGAAUCAACUUUGUGAAGGCACUGUCGCUGAAAUUGGUCAUGUGCCAUGGACUAUUAUCCUUUGUGCCGUCGUUGCUAUUCCCUUUAUUUUGGUCAAGACCAUGAAAGAAGUUGCCUGGAUGAGUGCAUUUGGUGCCCUUGCUACUAUUGUUGUUAUCUUGAUUGUCCUGAUUAUGGCUGCUAUCGAUAGACCUAACCAAAUCAAUAUCCACCAUGACCCUGUUAUCUGGCCCAUGUUCCCUAUUGCUUUAAGUACCAUCUCUUUCAGUUUCGGUGGCAACAUCAUUUAUUCCCAUGUAGAAGCCUCUAUGAAGAACCCUCGUGACUGGACCAAGGUGGUUACUGCAGGUCUUAGCACGUGUGCUGCCAUGUACCUCAUUGUUGCAGUUGCUGGCUACUUAGUUUAUGGCGAUAAGGUGGAGAAUCCUAUCUACAACACGAUCCCCAAAGGUGCAGCGCAAAUCAUUUGUAUUGUGGUGAUUACUAUUCAUGUUAUGAUGGCUACACCUAUCUUGACAACAUCAUUAUCUCUCGAUAUUGAGGAAAUGUGCAAUAUUACUGUUGAACGUUUUGGCCGAACCAAAGAAUUCUUAAUCCGUGCUGCCAUUCGUAUUGGUAUCAUUGUGUUUGUAGCCGUGAUUGCUUGCGUGGUACCCCAUUUCGGAGAAUUGAUGUCGUUGCUUGGUGCUUUUGCUAACUGUACCUUGAUCUUUAUUUUCCCUGUGGUCUUUUACCUGAAGUUGACCGGUGUUCGUAACAAGCCAUGGUAUGAACUUGCCUGGUGUUUCCUCGUUGUCCUGAUGGGUUUAGUGGGUUUAAUCUUUGGUACAAUUGAAGCUGUCAAGGAGCUCAUUGUUGCCUAUCAGUAAAACAAACGCUGUCAUUUUUUUUUUUCAUUUGUAAAUAUCCUUCUAUCAUACCACCAUGUACUUAAUACUCCUAGAACAUUUCUUUAAAACAAUAAAGCUCUCUUUCUUUCUUUUUUAAUUUACAUACCCUCAUUAA